AUGGAGGUGGGGGAGCGGGAAGGGUCUGGCCCCCGCAUCCCCCCCAGGCCGGGCGGAGUCUCUGCCCAAUGGGAGGCCCUCCUGCCCAAGAGGGGGCGGGUAGUAGCCCCAAGCACGUGCCCCGCAGGCCCACGGAGAGAGCCCGGCCCGCCGCCGCCCUGUUGCCCGCCCCGUGCCAGCUCGGAAAGGGGUGCGGGAAGGAGGGGGCGAAGCGACGGGCCUCCGCCGGUAACCAGGCCCCGCCGAGCGCAGCGCGCGCCUCCCAAGGCUCCCUCUCCGCCGCCCCGCGGAGCCCGAGCCAGGGAAGCCCCCAGACCCGCCGCCCGCCGUCCAGUCCCGCCCACCCCCGGAGGAGCCUGGCGCGCUCGUCGUACUCGGCAGGCAGCCGGCCCCCAGUGGCGGCGGGGAUCCCCGCAAGGGAGCGGAGUCCAGCGCCCCGGCCCGGCCGGCCUCCAGGGCUGCCGCGGCCUGCCUGCCUGCCUGCUGCCGCCGGGCAGCCCAGGCCGGGGCGCAGGAGUGAGGCGCGGGCGGGCGGCCAUUCGACGCGGGGCCCGGCCUGCAGACCGGAGGGCGGCCCGGCGCGGAAGGCGGGCCGGGGCUGACUCAGGCCUCAGGAAUGCGCCCUCGGAAGAAGAGCCAGGCGCGGCGCCCGCCCGUCAACCCGCCCGCCGGGGACUCACCUCCGCUGGACCGGACCGGGGGCUCGACCCAGGAGGGGCCCAGGGCCAAGGCGCGCCCCGGCAGGCCAGGCCUCCUCCUCGGCGCCCCUUCCCAUUCGGGCGCGCCAAGCAGGGAGGCAGCGCCGGGGCCGGCCUCUCCCCGGACAGCGCGCCCUCUGCAGCGCCGCCGGACACGCCGCCCACCCCCCCACCCCGACCCCGGGCGCGCCGGCUGAGCCUCCUCCUCCUGCGGGAGCAGCGUUGGCCCCUGUCGAGCAGCAGGCCUUCCCGCCACCACCGGGGAUCGCUCGGUGCCAGCUUCGGCCGGCCCUUGCCCGGAGGGCGCCCCCUCCCCCAGUUCCUGCACUUGCCCGGGCGGUCGUGGGGCUGGAGUCCGUCCGGUGGUCACUGUGCUCCUCCGGGCGGCCUCCCGGGCCCCGCUGGUCUUCCAUGCUGUGGCCGAGCUGGUCCCCCUGGGCUCUGGGACACCCCCCCCCCCGGGCUGUUUAUGGCCCCCACCAGAUGCUGCCAGCGGCUGCCGGAUCCGACUCCAUCAUUUGGGGCCUUUUAG